UGUAAGCAUAUGUUUUAGCCAGAACCCACGCACCUGUAGAACUCCCACAGUGAUACCAGCCAUUGUUUUCUCUAUAAAAGGUACCAACCAUAUUCAAUUAGUGCUGAGACAGACGGAGAGACAUGAGGAAAAUGCUGCUUUGGGCGGGUCUAUUCCUGCUGCUCCAUGUACAGCUAGGUUCUACCUACAAGCUGGUUUGCUAUUUUACAAACUGGUCACAAUACCGACCUGAGCCUGCAAAGUAUGUGCCAGGGAAUAUUGACCCGCAGCUCUGCACCCAUCUCAUAUAUGCCUUUGCCACCAUGAAUCAGCACAAGAUUGCGCCAUAUGAGUGGAAUGAUGAUGUACUGUACAAACAGUUUAAUGACCUAAAGCAAAAGAAUUCAAAGUUGGUAACACUACUGGCAGUCGGUGGCUGGAACUUUGGGACACAGAAGUUCACAGAUAUGGUUGCCUCUGCUGCCAACCGUAAAAUUUUCAUUGGUUCUGUGAUCGCACAUCUUCGACAAUAUAACUUUGAUGGUAUUGACCUUGACUUUGAGUACCCAGGAUCCCGAGGGAGUCCACCUGAGGACAAGCAAAGAUUUACUACUCUGACAGAGGAAAUUCUUGCGGCAUUUAAUGCAGAAGCAGCAUCUAAAAAUGUUCCACGACUACUGGUCACAGCAGCUGUAUCUGCAGGAAAAGGAACCAUUGAUGCUGGAUAUGAAAUUGCAAAAGUUGGAAAAACCCUGGAUUUCAUCAGCGUGAUGACGUACGAUUUUCAUGGUGGGUGGGACACUCAGUCUGGACACAACAGCCCCCUGUGUCAGGGAUCCACGGACCACGGAGAUUUAAUAUACUUUAAUAUUAAUUUUGCAAUGAACUACUGGAGAGAAAAUGGAGUUCCAGCUGAAAAACUCCUCGUGGGAUUCCCAACGUAUGGCAGAACAUUUAGGAACCCUAAUCCUAGCAAAUGUGAUGUAGGGAUACCUGUAGCUGGAGCAGGAUCAGCUGGUCCAUACACUCGUGAGGCUGGCUUCUGGGCCUACUAUGAGAUCUGCACAUGGCUUAGGGGGACCACGGUGAAAUGGAUUCCAGACCAGAGGGUACCAUACGCUUGUAAAGAUAAUGAGUGGGUUGGAUUUGACAACCAAGAGAGUUACGAAUGCAAAGUAAGAUUUGUGAAGGAUGGUGGAUUUGGUGGUGCCAUGGUUUGGGCUAUAGAUUUAGAUGAUUUCCAGGGAACUUUCUGCAGCGAGGGGAAAUAUCCAUUAAUCACCAAACUAAAAUCCUUGCUGGAAGGUUCCACCGUAAACUGUCCUGGUGAAACAGUAUGUUCGGGCAAUGUUGAUAUUCCAACUACUACAACAACUACCACUGCAACUCCACCUACAACACCAUCUGGAGGUACAACCCCAUCUGCAGGUACAACCCCAUCUGCAGGUACAACCCCAUCUGGAGGUACAACACCUGCACCUCCAGUCACCCCUCCUCCAGAUCCUCCAGGCAAUGAUGUUGAUCCUAACUUCUGUGCGGGUAAAACUGAUGGACUUCAUGUAAAUCCAUUAAACAGUAACAAAUUCUACAUAUGUGCUGCUGGAAGGACCUAUCCCUUGCAGUGUUCAGCUGGUCUGGUGUUUGAUUCAAGCUGCAGCUGUUGCAACUGGCCCUGA